GCGCGUGUCUGAUCAGCUGGGAACGACGGUAAAAGCAACAUGGCGGCGCCCGUGCGAGGCUUGCAGUGUGCUCUGAAAAAGAGUAUUGUACCACCGUUAGUCGUGAUUUUAGGAGCAACCGGUACUGGGAAGUCUAAACUGGCGAUUGAAAUUGGUAAACGACGUCAGGGAGAGAUAAUCAGUGCCGAUUCCAUGCAGGUGUAUCGUGGGCUGGACAUCAUAACCAAUAAGGUGACGGCUGAGGAGCGUGCCCAGUGCAGUCAUCACAUGAUCAGCUUCGUGGAUCCCUUGGUCAGCAGCUACACUGUGGUAGACUUCAGGAACAAGGCCCUGGCUCUCAUAGAGGACGUGUACAGCAGAGAGAAGCUACCUGUCAUAGUAGGAGGAACUAACUACUACAUAGAAUCACUGCUGUGGAGAGUACUGAUGGAUGAAGGGCAUGAGAAUGAAGGAGAGGGGAAGAAAGGCGGGUCUCUUGAUAGGAAGGCGGAGCUGGAGAAACUGGGCGGGGCUGAGCUCCACAGGAGACUGACCGAGGUCGAUCCUGAAAUGGCCUCCAUGCUACAUCCUCACGACACACGCAAGAUCGCCAGGAGCCUACAGGUGCAUGCGGAAACAGGCGUGCCUCACAGCCAUUGGUUGGAGGAGCAGAGAGGGCAGGAGGGGGGAGAUGUGCUGGGGGGGCCACUGAGGUACCCAGACCCCUGUAUCUUCUGGUUACAUGCUGACAUGGAGGCCAUAGAUGAGCGCUUGGACAGGCGUGUGGAUCAGAUGCUGUUGACAGGCCUGAUAGACGAGCUCAGAGAUUUCCACCUGAGAUUCAACCAGCAGAAGCUUCAGGACCAGAGUCAGGACUACCAGCAUGGUAUAUUCCAGUCUAUAGGUUUUAAGGAGUUCCAUGAGUACCUGACAUGUCCUGAUGAGACGACACAGGAGGUCCGAGAGACACUCCGGAACCAAGGUGUAGAGAAUCUGAAGAUGGCUACGAGACGGUACGCCAGGAAACAGAACAAAUGGGUCCGUAAUCGCUUCCUCAAGAGUGAGUCCCCCUCUCCGUCCCCCUCUCCGUCCCCCUCUCCGUCCCCCUCUCCGUCCCCCUCUCUGUCCCCCUCUCCCCGUCAUAUCGGUUUCAACCUCUCCGUCCCCCUGUCCUUCCCCCUGUCCGUCCCCCUGUCCGUCCCCCUGUCCGUCCCCCUGUCCGCCCCCCUGUCCGUCCCCCUCUCAUUGAAACCGACAUUCGUCUGUGAAGAGCACACUUCCAGCGUGCCAGUGACCAUCGAAGUUGAGCAUUUGCCCACUGAAUUCGGUUACGACACCAAACUGCAGUCAGGUCAAGACCCCGGUGAGGACGACGAGCACACAGGCUUCCCUGAGAUGGUUUCUGACCGUUUUCCCUCCGAUUCUGAUUGGGAGCCCCCACUGAAAGGAGCUGGAUCAUCUAGCCGGACCCCUGCUGUGUCCGGCUCCACACCUACGCCCGCCCUGCAAGGUGUGAAGUCUGUGACAAAGAAGCGGAGGUGGGGAAGAGCUAAACCUGCAAUCAGAGAGGAGGGUCGUUGGCACUCUGUGCUGGAGGAGGAUGUGUUGCCUACACCUCCAGUAUUCAGACCGAAGAGGCCAUCAGGACCUCAGCUGGACAUGACGUCUAAGUACAGCCCCAUGCAACUUUUUCAGCUGUUUUUCACCUCGGCAGUUGACGAUUCCCUGGUGUCGAACACAAAACAAUGGAUGGACACCAGAGAGGUGGUCAUGUGCUCCAGUAUCCCCAAGUCCUUCAGUGGAGAUCACGUCGUCAGGCGUGUGAAGGACGCUGCUGGGGCAUGGACCACCAAAAAUGUCCCCAUUCUUGAAGCCAUCAAGGACUACAACAAGAGCAUGGGAGGUGUAGACCUCUGA